AUGGUAAUCAAGAAAUUCAAUUUCAAUAAAAUGACUAAUAAUAAUAAGUAACCAAACAAAUAAAUUAAGUAGGAUAAUCUUUAACAAAUUAGUGGAAAUGAAUAAAAUCAAGAAUAACUUAAGAAUUACGAAUAAAACUACAAUCCAGAAAAAGAAAAUGAACUUAAACCAUUUGAAUCUGAAAAAUAACCUAUCCAAGUUAUCCCUGAGGCUGAAGAAGGAUUUCUAACAAAAAUUAAUGGGUGUUCUUGUGGGAGACAAGCCGAGGAAAAUACAGAAAUUAACAAUGAAGGAUGCAUUAUGCAGAUAGAUAGAUAAAUUUAUCUAGAAAUACUUAACUCCUACUUAUUUGCUACUACAUUCUAUUAGGGCUUAUUUCUAUUUGUUCAACUUUUGAAAGGUUUACUAAUCUAUUUUCUUAAUGACGAAUGGCUUGAUGAAUUACAAUUUUUGGAUAGUUUCUUCAAAAAGGGAUGGAGAUUGUUUAAGAUAACAUUCUUUGUUCUAAGUAAUUUAGAUGUCUGCUAUUGGAUUUAUUAUAUCUAUCGAUAAAAUAAGAAAGAUGGUACCAUUGAAUAUGUGAUGACAUUAUGUAGAAUGAUUGAUGCAUUCUUCUUCAAUUUCCCUUAGAUGAUUGUGUUUUUCUAUCUUUUAUGCAAGACUUAGAAAACUUUCAAAUCCCAUACUUAGUUAUUGCAGGUGUCAAUUUACUCUCUAUAGUAAAUGGAUUCAUGCACCUAAAUUGUUUUGCUGGAACCUCAUUUCUAAGCAUUAGAUGGAGUAUUUGUUUAUCUGUGAAUUAUAUGUAAAACUCUUCCUAGUUGUUUCAGUGUUUAUAAAAUUAUAUGAAUUUAAUAUAGAAUAUGAAUGUUUCAGCCUAUUCUGCCUUUGCGGGCUUAUCUAAUAUUAAUUAUUCACUGGAGACCAGGAUAUUACAGGAUAGAUCUUAUCAAUAAUCUACUUCUAACUGAAGACCUUCAUUGUUAUCACAUUUAAAGAAGAGAGCUUUGCCAUGUCAGAUUUGGAUUGUGAUGCCUAGCCUGGAAUAUUUAAUGUUGUGGUUCAAAGUCAACGUAUGAUUUAUGAGCAAUUAAUUUUUUUAAAAUGA